AUGGCAAGAAAACAGUUCAAAAAGGGAAAGUUCGGCAAGAGGCAAGGCGCCGAGUCGAAGAAAGACGGCCGUGGCGAGUGGACGCCUCUCAGCCGCGAGAACGAAAAAUGGGAGACCUACUACAAGGCAUUGGGCCUCAUUCCAGAGGAAGAAUGGGCCUCUUUCAAGGAGCACUGUCAGCGGGACUUGCCCGUGACUUUCAGGGUGACGGGCUCCAGAGCCCACGCCAAAGAAAUCAACCAGAAGUUUCUUGACAACCACGUGUCCAAGUUGAUCGAUGCCGAGCACGAGGGCGUCAAGCUUGCACCCAAAAACAUCGAGUUCUACCCCGACAACUUGGGCUGGCAGUUGGACGUGCCCAAGUACGUGAUCCGUAGAAACGCCGAGUUCUCCAAGACUCAGAGAUUCUUGGUGCUCGAGACCACCGUGGGCAACAUCUCGCGCCAGGAGGCGGUUUCCAUGAUCCCACCUCUUUUGAUGGACGUGCAGCCCCACCAUGCGGUGUUGGACAUGUGUGCUGCGCCCGGCUCCAAGACAGCGCAGCUUGUGGAGGCCUUGCAUAUGAAGGAUGCCGAGACGCCCGCCACGGGUUUUGUCAUGGCCAACGACAGCGACUACAAGCGCUCGCACAUGUUGGUGCACCAGGUGAAGCGUCUCAACUCGCCCAACUUCGUGGUGGUCAACCACGACGCACAGUUGUUCCCAAGAAUCCGUCUCUCGGACAGCGAGCCGUACUUGAAGUUCGACCGGAUCUUGUGUGACGUGCCCUGCUCCGGAGACGGCACCAUGAGAAAGAACAUCAAUGUGUGGAAGGACUUCACGGUGGGCGACGGCUUGGGCUUGCACCCGUUGCAGGUCAACAUCUUGACCAGGGGCUUGCAGCUUUUGAAGGAAGGCGGCCGCCUUGUGUACUCGACCUGCUCGAUGUCGCCCAUCGAGAACGAGGCCGUGGUGGCCGAGGCGUUGAGGAAGUUUGCCAACGUCAGUCUUGUGGACGUCUCGCAAGACUUGCCCGGCUUGAAGAGGCGCCUGGGUGUCUCUUCUUGGAAGGUGUUCAGCAAGGACAUGGUGGAGCGUGAGGCUGGCGACGAGAGCGUGCAUGCCACGGCCUUCCCUCCUUCUGAAGACGAGGCCAAGCGCUUCCAUUUGGACAGAUGUGUGCGUGUGUACCCGCACUUGCAAAACACGGGCGGCUUCUUCAUCACUGUGUUUGAGAAGAAGGCCCAGGAGGCCGAGCAGGCCGUUGACUCCAACAAGAGAGCUGCGACCGGUUCUGAGCAAGAGCCGGAGCAGAAAAAGGCCAAGACCACCUCCGUGGUUCCACAGUCCAGGCACAAGAGCCCAAGAACGGCCAACGAGGAGCCGUUUGUGUUCUUGGACCCUUCAAACGAGCAGUUGCAAAUCUGCUGGGACUUCUACCAGAUCGACGGGAAGUUCCCACGCGACACCGCGUUGGUCAGAAACGCCACCGGAGAGGCCUGCCGCACGAUCUACUUUGUCAAGCCUGCGGUGGCCCGGAUCUUGCGGAUCGAGAACCAGAAGUUGAAGCUCAUACACGCAGGAAUCAAGCUUUUCACCAGUCAGAGAAACGACAACGGAAACUGCCCUUGGAGGGCCCAGUCGGAAUCCUUGCCCAUGUUGAAACAGUACGUUGGCCCUUCCAGACAGUUGACCACCAACACAGAGAUGUUGAAGUUAUUGUUCACAGAUGCCUUCCCCAGAAUGGAGAAGCUCAAGGAGUCUGGUUUGGACAAUGAGUUCACGGAGAAGUUGACGCAGAUGUCACAGGGAUGUGUAUUCUUGACCGUCAAGAGAGACGGGGACUUGGAGGCCUUGUUCAUGACUUUAUGGAGAGGAAUCAACAACGUCAACUUGAUGGUGAGCAAGGAGGACACCCAUGAAUUGCUCAUGAGACUUUACGACAUUCUGACCAAUGCCACCGACGACGGCAAGGAAAAGGCUUAUCAAAUGAUGGUGGAGGCUAAGAAGAAGGCCACGGCCGAGGCCGAGAAGGAAGCUGCGAGCGAGGAAACCCCAGAAGAGGUUUCGGGUGAGACUCCGGAAGAAGUAUAA